GCAUGGUGAACGAUUUUGCUAGCUACUGAGUUUUUCAACGAACUCGCGAAUUAUUGUGCUUUUUUAAUUUGGUUUGUAACUAACUUAUAACUAUUGCAUAAAAUAAGAUUGAUGUACUAGAAAGCGUUGCUAGUGAAGUAAUGAUCCUCAAAUUAAUGCCAUCUCUCAAAUUUCUAGGCCUAGCAGCACGCCUACUGCAACAGCAUGGAAGGUUAACCGCUUGCAUUGCCACUUCCUCGGUUGUUCAUACUCCACCGAGGUGGGCCAAGACUAGGCCUAGGCCUCACCAAUAUAGGGCAGUAAAUUCGCUGAUUGAGGAAGAAAUUGACAGGCUAAGUCCAGUUACCAACUCUAAAACAAACAAAGAACAUUUAUAUUCUGAAGAAUAUGACAUCAAUGAUGGUAAGUGUCAAAAAGAGAAGGAAUUUAAUGUCGAGUUAAAUAGGCCUAAUUCAAGGCUCUUUCUUGGAAACAAGCCAAAAGGUGCCUUAAUUCAAAACAAAGAACUUGUGUAUACUGAAGAUGUAUGUGCAUCUGACAGUCAACAUUUCAAGGAAAAUAAAGCAGGUCAUCUUCAAGGUCUUCCUCAGAGGAUUCGCAAACCAGCAGAGAGGAUGAAAGUUAUCUUAAAUAAAAGCAAGGUCAAACAGUGGAAGUCUGAUGGAGAUAGAAUGAGGGAUGAUGGUCAGCGGUGGAAGGCGAUGCCUUCAGCCAAAGGAACACGGUCUAAUAGAGAUAAAACAAGGUCUGAGGAUCAACAUUGGAAAAAGAUGCCCUCAUCCAAAGGAACACCUAGGAACAGUAAACAUAUAAUAUGUCCUGCAAUAGGCAAUGACCUUUUGUUUGGAGUUUCACCGUGUUGUCUUGCACUUAAAGCUAAUCGAAGGAAGAUCAUCCGAGCGUACAUUCGUAGUAGCUUAAUAGAAUCAGAAACCAACCGUCCUGAAAUUGCCAAAAUAUUAACAGAGCUUAAUGAAAAAGAAAUUGAGAUUGUUCCAUUACACCGCAAUGCCUUGGACAAGAUGACCAAACACAGACCACAUCAGGGAAUUUGCAUGGAAGUGAGUAGGUUGUACUACACACCACUCAUUGAGGAGCAGGAUAUGAAAGCACCGGGCAGUAGGAUGCCAAUCUGGUUAGCAUUAGACCAGAUCAUAGAUCCCAUGAACCUUGGAGCAGUGCUGAGGUCAUCGUAUUUCCUUGGAGCUGAUGGUGUUAUUGUUAGUAGGAAAAAUAGUUGCUCUUUGACCCCAGUGGUCAGCAAAGCAUCCAGCGGAGUCAUGGAAGUCCAGCCAGUCUACGCUGUCAAUGACCUAGCAGGUUUUCUGCAGUCUCUGAUGGGCUGGGAUGUUGUAGGUUCAUCAAGUAGUGAUAAACAAUACGGGACCGAGCUUGAUGGGAAUGAUGACUGCCAUGUACCUAGUGGAGGGAUUGAUAUUCAGAAACCAACAAUCUUAGUUGUAGGAAACGAAGGCUUCGGUUUGAGGGAUGACAUUGCAAACUGCUGCAACAUGUUCUUAACUGUACAUCCUGGUCGAGAACUGCAUGCUGGGAUAGAUUCUCUUAAUGUUUCUGUAGCAACAGGUAUUCUUCUAAACCUACUGCUUACCAAGAGGAAUUCACAACUGAGGGAAGAAUAGUAGAGAGCCUUUCUAGAGACAUGUUGCAACUCAAUUUCUGAGCUCCUGGAUGGUCAUUAAAUCUUCAGAUUAACAAUGAAUCUGAAACCAGAAAAAAAAAAUUAAUGGUAACAUACGAAACUGUUGAAAAAACAAUGUCAACAACCAAACCUUGUUGCAUGUGAGUUAGCUUGACAUUUACCAUGCGAAUAUAUUGCUCUUUUAUUAACUUAAAUGGGAGCCAUUGCUAAAGAUUUGGAUAAAAAUUGAAAAAGAAAGUAUCAAGACAUCAUCCAGUUUGUGAUAAUGUUUCUAAUGCAGUUCUCAACGACGUGAUGUGCGAGGCUGGAUUUCGCUUUAAAAUAGCAAAUUACGAUCGCAAAAUGUGGGGUCGUCUUAUAUGCGCAACAUACACCUUUUUGGAAUUUUAAAAUCUUGUUCGUUUAUGGAAAAUAUA